AUGAUGUUGAGGACAGAUGUGGGUGUGGGUGUGGCUGUGGCUGUGGGUGUUGCUGUGUGUGUGGCUGUGAGCGUGGGUGUGGCUGUGGGUGUGGGUAUGGCUGUGGGUGUUGUUGUAGAUGUGGGUGUGGCUGCGGGCGUGACUGUGGUUGUGGGCUUGGGUGUGGCUGUGACUGUGGCUGUGGGUGUUCCUGUGACUGUGGCUGUGGGUGUUCCUGUGGGUGUGAGUGUGGAUGUGACUGUAGAUGUGGGUGUUCCUAUGGGUGUGGGUGUGGAUGUGACUGUGGCUGUGGGUGUGGAUGUGGGUGUUCCUGUGGGUGUGGAUGUGGGUGUUCCUGUGGGUGUGGCUGUGGGUGUGGAUGUGACUGUGGCUGUGGCUGUGGCUGUGGGUGUUCCUGUGGGUGUGGAAGUAACUGUGGAUUUGGAUGUGGCUGUGGCUCUGGGUGUGGCUCUGAGUGUGACUGUGGCUGUGGGCUAUUGUUGGCGUGCUUCCAUCAGAGAACUGUUCAGUCACACGUGUAGUGGACACAACGUCCGACUUCGUUAG